AUGAUUCAUGGAUUGAGUGAUGGACCGGAUCACUUCCAAUGUCAUGAUGAUGAUGAUGAUGAUGAUGAUGAUGAUACUUCUUGCAUAAAAGAUCUCUCCCCUUUAUCUCAAGCUAUUGAAGAAAAUCUGGAGCCAUGGACUAAAGCAUGGGAUGACAGUAUAAUUAAUAACAACCCACUUCUUCAUGAUCCAUACUCUAUAAUCAAUAAUGAUUACUUUGAAGACCUAAAGAAAUAUUGUUUUCACAGAAAUAUCGACCAAUCAACCCCAUUGAAAUUUGUCCAUACUUCUGUUCAUGGAGUAGGCCAUGACUUUGUACAGUCUGCUUUCAAGGCAUUUGACUUUGUUCCUCCUGAUGCUGUUCCUGAACAGAAAGCUCCUGACCCAGAAUUUCCAACAGUGAAAUACCCAAAUCCUGAAGAGGGUAAAGGUGUCUUGACGUUAUCAUUUGCUUUGGCUGAAAAAACACAGGCUAAAAUUAUUUUAGCAAAUGAUCCAGAUGCUGAUAGACUUGCAGUAGCAGAACAGCAAGAAAAUGGUGAAUGGAAAGUGUUUUCUGGAAAUGAGAUGGGAGCUCUUUUAGGUUGGUGGCUCUUUACCUGUUGGAAGGAAAAGAAUCAAGAUCAAAAUGCUCUUAAAGACCUGUACAUGUUAUCCAGCACAGUUUCUUCAAAGAUUCUGAGGGCCAUUGCCUUGAAAGAAGGUUUUCAUUUUGAGGAAAUGUUAACGGGCUUUAAGUGGAUGGGAAAUCGAGCAAAACAACUAAUAGACCAGGGAAAAACUGUUCUUUUUGCAUUUGAAGAAGCUAUUGGCUAUAUGUGCUGUCCUUUUGUUCUGGACAAAGAUGGUGUCAGUGCUGCUGUUAUAAGUGCAGAAUUGGCUAGUUUCCUAGCAACUAAGAAUAUGUCUUUGGCUCAGCAACUAAAAGCCAUCUAUGUUGAAUAUGGCUAUCAUAUUACCAAGGCGUCAUACUUUAUUUGCCAUGACCAAAACAUCAUCCAAAACUUAUUUGAAAAUCUUAGAAAUUAUGAUGGAAAGAACAAUUACCCAAAGACUUGUGGCAAAUUUGAAGUUUCUGGAAUUAGGGAUCUUACCACUGGCUAUGAUAGCAGCCAACCUGACAAAAAAGCUAUUCUUCCUACGAGUAAAAGCAGCCAAAUGAUUACUUUUACCUUUGCAAAUGGAGGAGUGGCAACUCUAAGGACCAGUGGAACAGAACCCAAAAUCAAAUAUUAUGCUGAACUCUGUGUGCCUCCUGGAAACAGUGACCAUGAACAGCUAAAGAAAGAAUUAGAAGAACUCGUCAGUGCCAUUGAAGAAUAUUUCUUUCAGCCAGAAAAAAACAAGCUACAGCCUAAGUCGGAGUAA